GAGAACAAUUCGACAGUGUUUAGCUGUUGGCUAACAACAAUGAGGAGAAGUGGCGAUAUUAACCGUGCUAUUACAUUUUCAGAGCUUCUAUGAGGUUGUAACCUGGACACUGUCACAACUGGAUGCAGAGACAUCUUAUUUUAUUGACUCAUAGGGCUGUUUGUGUAGGUCGACAACUGUUUGGAACACUUUUCAGGUGUUGGCAACCGUGGAGAGAGUGUAGAGUCCUUUCAUGCUUUAAACAUCUACCUCCAGCUGGUGAUUCGUUGCAUUUUUCAAAGGACAUCCAUCACUUCUCUGUGGUAGCCCAUAAAAAAAGACUUCUCCAAAACAGUCCUCCCCACCUUUGCCUACAUCAGUGUUUCUCAAGUGAGUCAGACAUGUCAGAACAGAGGUUUUUAGUGGAGUAUGCCAAACGAGGCACUGCGGGAUGUAAGAAAUGCAAGGACAAGAUCCAAAAGGGCAUAGUGCGCAUCGGAAAGAUUGUGCCAAACCCUUUUAGCGAGUCUGCGGGAGAGAUGAAAGAGUGGUAUCAUGUGAAGUGCAUAUUUGAAAAGCUGGAAAGGGCAAGAGCCACUACCAAGAAGAUUGAGGACAUCACAGAACUGGAGGGCUGGGAGGAGCUGCAGGAUGAAGACAAAGAGCUCAUCAAUAAACAUGUUUCAGACCUUAUGGCCAAAGUCAAUUCAUCUCCAAAGAAGAAGGUGCAGGCCAAGAUGAACACCAGUGGCCAACUAAUGGCUCCUCCUGCUGAUCCAUCGGUCAAUGCUCCACGCAAGUUCUCAGGCUUCACUGCUGCAAAAGCUGGCAGCUCCAGCAGCCCAGGACCGUCCUCUUCCCCUGCAAAAGCCAGCCAGGGCAGCGCCCUGUCUUCACAGCUCUGUGACCCCCAUCACAAGGACUGUCUCCUCAGAGAGUUUCGCAAGCUCUGUGCCAUGGUGGCUGAAAACAACAGCUACAACACCAAGACACAGAUUAUUGAGAAGUUUCUAAAGAAGGGCACAGGUGGAGAUAAGUUCCAUGGAGAUCUUUACCUGACAGUGAAGCUGCUCCUACCAGGCGUUGUAAAAAGUGUCUACAACCUUAAUGACAAACAGAUUGUUAAACUCUUUAGCCGCAUAUUCAGGUGUAACCAGGAUGACAUGGUGCGCGAUCUGGAACAGGGUGAUGUGUCCGAGACAGUGAGGAUGUUCUUUGAGGACAGUAAAUCGUUUCCUGCAGCAUCAAAGAGCCUCCUGACCAUCCAGGAAGUAGAUGCAUCCCUAACCCGCCUGGCCCAGCUGUCCAAGGAGGAUGACCAGCAGACUGAGCUGGAGGCCAUUGCUAGAAAAUGCACCAGUAACGACUUGAAAUGCAUCAUUCGACUCAUUAAACAUGACCUCAAGAUGAAUGCUGGAGCGAAGCAUGUCUUGGAUGCUGUGGACCCGAAUGCUUAUGAUGCCUUCAAGGCCUCACGUAACCUUGGCGAUGUGAUUGAGCGAGUGUUGAGGAAUCAGCAGGAGGCGUCUAAUGGUUCAGGACCGAGGAAACUCCUCUCGGUGGAGGCGUCACUCAUGACCCCCGUGCAGCCCAUGUUGGCAGAGGCAUGUAAAUCUGUCGAGUACGCCAUGAAGAAAUGUCCAAACGGGAUGUACUCUGAGAUCAAGUAUGAUGGCGAACGAGUGCAGGUCCACAAGAGCGGAGAAAACUUCAGCUACUUCAGCCGCAGCCUUAAACCAGUGCUACCACACAAGGUUGUCCAUUUCAAGGACUACAUCCCCCAGGCUUUCCCCGGAGGCCACAGUAUGAUAUUGGAUGCUGAAGUUCUCCUUAUUGACACAAACACCAGUAAACCCCUUCCCUUUGGGACGCUGGGUGUUCACAAGAAAGCAGCCUUUCAAGAUGCCAACGUGUGCCUUUUUGUCUUUGACUGUAUCUACUUCAAUGGCGUGAGCCUCAUGGAGAGGCCUCUGUGUGAACGCAGAAAGUUCCUGCAUGACAACAUGGUGGAAGUCCCAAACAGAAUUCUGUUUUCAGAGAUGAAGCACGUCACUAGAGCAGCAGAUCUGGCUAAUAUGAUAACUCGUGUCAUCAGAGAGGGACUUGAAGGCUUGGUGCUAAAAGACAUAAAGGGCAGUUAUGAACCAGGUAAACGUCACUGGCUGAAGGUGAAGAAGGACUAUUUGAAUGAAGGGGCGAUGGCUGACACGGCCGACCUGGUGGUGCUCGGGGCCUUCUAUGGAAAAGGCUCAAAUGGGGGCAUCAUGUCCAGUUUUCUGAUGGGCUGCUACGACCCAGACUCCAAGAAGUGGUGCACAGUCACAAAGUGCUCCGGGGGCUACGAUGACGCCAUGCUGGCCCGGCUCCAGAAGGAGUUGGAUGUGAUCAAAAUCAGCAAGGACCCAAGCAAACUCCCAAGCUGGCUGAAAAUUGUCAAGAACUAUUAUCCAGAUUUCCUUAUUCGGGAUCCUGAGAAAGCACCUGUCUGGGAGAUCACCGGGGCAGAGUUUUCUAAAUCAGAGAUGCACACAGCUGAUGGCAUCUCCAUUCGCUUCCCUCGGAUGACCCGCAUCCGUGAUGACAAGGACUGGAAGACGGCCACCAACCUGGCCCAGCUCAAAGAGCUCUACCGCAUCUCAAAGGAGAACUGUGACUUUAAAGUGACAGCCGGACCGUCGACAUCCAACGACGACAAGGGCUCAUCAGGAGGAGACAGCGGAGGAAACUCCCCGUCAGUCUCGUCACGUGGAGGCGCAACACCCAAGAAGACUAGCAGCAGCAGCAGCAGCAGCACACCCAAACCAAAGGCGGUCAAAUCAGAGCCUCGUACUCCUGGCUCAGAAGCCCCCAGUGCCAAGAAGGUGAAGAAGACUGAAAGUGUUAACAGUAACGGACAAACCAAAACAAAGGCAACGUCUCAACUGCUGGAGCCCAGGAACGACAAGACACUGCUGGACAUCUUCAGUGGGGUGAAGCUGUACCUGCCCAGCUCAGUGCAGGACUUUGACAAACUGAGACGGUACUUUGUGGCGUAUGAUGGAGACCUGGUAGCGGACUAUGACGCCGCCUCAGCCACACACACGCUGGCUGAACCUGACGAGGACAGUCAGGCCCAGAAAGUCUCUUCCAACUGGAUCUGGGAAUGUAUCCGCAAGAGGCGUGUUGUACCCCCCUGUUAAUGAUGGACAGCAUGUUAAUGUCUGUUUAAGCUGCGGCACAUCAGUGUAACUUUACUCUAGAUCUGUGUAAACCACAUAAACAUGGUUGAUCUGUGUGGUUUGCAGACAAAGAACAAAUAACACAUUUUUUUAAACCAGGUUGGGGUGAUUUAUUAUACUUAACAUUUCCAAUUAAACUGAUCUCAGGUCAUUUUUAUUUAUUCCAGCCAAGGCUUUCUGCUUGGAACAACAAAAAUGGACUCAAUAAGCUGUGUUUUCACCAAGCAGUCUGGUUCAGAUCAGUGUAUGCAGGGACUUCGCGCUUUGUAAUUUCCUUUUCUUUUUCAUGUUUAGGUCAUUUAUGGAUGUCAGUAUUGGUGCAGGACAGUGACUCUCUCCAGACUCUCUCCUCUGCUCUCUGUCUGUAACAGACAAUAACAUUGACCCGGCAUCUUUAUGAGGUGCUAGAGAUACAAAAAAAAAAAAAAAAAGAAAAACGUAUUCACCAACAAGUGAAAGCUGAGAUAAGUAAGCAGCAGGCAAUGGGAGACAUGUCCUCUGCAUCGAUCAAAAAAUGUGUCUUCCCUCAUCUCUGCAGAGGUUUUGAUGUGUUUCUAGCUUAUUUAGAGCGCCAUUGCUGUAAAAGAACAUUUAGGAAUUAACUGAUCUCUCCAAUUUAAGCUAACGGGACAUAGGCACUUGCUCUCCUUUAAUUGCCUGCCUCACUCUCCCUCCGUGCUGUAAUGUAGGAUUCUGGUUGGAUUGAUACAACUCACUUCAACAUGAGCUGUCAUUUAUGAAAAGUCGGGUCUAACCUCUAGUUUCCACAUACAACAGCUGCACUGCGAUCCAACGGCCAAUCGCUCCCUCUAGUCAAUCAGUCGUCCCACUGCUCAGUAUGGCACAUCUCUGAAAUGCCACUCCACUCCAUUGGAGACGUUACAGGUCUGUUUUUAUGAAAAUAUAUCCCGUCAACUUAAAAUACAGCACAAUGCAUGGACGCCCGAUCAUAAAUCAUCACUAUAUCAACAGUACGUCUUAUCCUGUUGCACAAGCAGAAGGUCAUUUGUGGGUCACAGAGCUAAAGUGGUGCUAAGGAAAGGUUAACUUUGAGGUAAAAUGCAACAGAAUUUUACAGGAAACAACAGUCUUAAAAGAUUCAUCUUUUAACUUCAUAAUGUACUCACCCAUGGCUGAAGCAAUCAAAUCAUGGAAUUAUGUUGAAAUGAAUGGCAAAUCAACCCCAAAAUGGCAAAAUAAUCUGCAUUGACAUGCUAUUCCUGCAUAAACUCAGAUUCUUCCGUGAUCUCCACAGAGGCAUCUUAGCAGUUGUAUGUAGAAAUUGUGGGUAAGCGCAUGCUCCAGGCAGAGAGCUAGUUCCUCCUUUUUCUGUUUUUUUGUUGUUGAAUAGACAAGUAGGCCAAAAUGGUACCAGAUGAUGAGCCAUUUAGGCGCUAAAGGAUCUGGAUCUCUAAACUCCCAUCACUACAAACAAGGUUGGAUGGAUAUUAUUAAGAAAGAUCAGGGUUAAUUGGACUGAACUGAACCAAACCACUUGGGCGAAAACAAACAAUAUGUAUACAUUUAGUAAUGUGGACUUUAGCAGUAAUUGGAAAAUUAAGAACUCUGGUAAUGGAUGAAGCUGAUUUACUGAUAUUUGUGAAAAGGGGAUUUUUGUGUGCUAAUGGAACUGUACUGUAGAUGUAGAGUCUUUGUAUGAAAAUUUUCAGUAGUUAAAUGAGCUACAUGAGGACUGUAAAUCCUGAAAAGCAUUUCACAAGGAGCAUAAACUCAGCAUAAAUCAGAGUCCUGACAUGAAAAAGAGUAAGCAGGGGCUCCAUCAGCACUGUGCAUUAUUUUUACUGCCUUUGUUAAACAUUUAGCGAGGUAUUAAACCUUGCUCAUGAACUGAGAGAAACCAAAUGUGUCUGCCAUUAGAAAUAAACAAAACACUGAUAAAGACAAUAAAAGUGUCUCACUGAAAUCACUCUAAAGCUGGUAUUUUCUGCUAAUUUUCCACUUAAGAGUUGCACCAAAUUGCACUGCAGCUCCUUGCAGUAAAAAGGAUUCAUGCAAUGUUUCAAAACAUCAUAUGAGAAGCAUUAGGACAGCUCUCCUCCCACUAAACUAAAUACAUUUUAGCCUAAAUCAUGAGAAUUUCUGUACAAUCCAAUGAAAUGCUGAAAGGCUUCACUGCAGCCUCCUGCCUCUGAAUGGCUUUC